ACUUAUUAAAAACAUUUCUGCCUGCUCCUCCUCGCAAGGGCGAAGGAAAAAGGGAAGGCGCUCGCCCCGUCCGUCUCUCCUAUAUUUCCCGGGGGGAUCCAUCUCCGCGCGGCUUGGGCGGCGUCUUCUGAGGCGCAGGCUUUCCCCCCCGUCCGCUCCGCUCCGCCCCGGCGGCCGAUUCGCCGCCCCCUCGCCUCGACGUCCAGGUCAGGGACGCUUCUCUCCUAGGAGAGGAUCAAUGUCUAAUUAUCACGACGAUCAUGUCGAAGACAUGGAGGAUGAUUAUGAUAUGGACGACCCCGCUGAGGACAUGAUCGACGCCCACCAUGAGCGAGGUUUAAGGGACUCCGAUUCGGAGGAUGAAGAGUAUGCCCACUCGAAUGAUAAAAUCCCAGAUACUUCGGCAGCGGAUGCAAGAAAAGGAAAAGACAUCCAAGGAAUACCGUGGGAGAGGCUAGCUAUCACACGGGAAAACUACAGAAAGACCAGAUUAGAGCAGUACAAAAACUAUGAGAAUAUUCCUAAUUCUGGAGAAGCAGCAGCCAAGGAAUGCAAACCGACUGAGAAAGGUGGAACAUAUUAUGAAUUCAGACAAAAUACUAGAUCAGUAAAAUCAACCAUCCUACAUUUUCAGCUGAGAAAUUUAGUAUGGGCUACAUCCAAGCAUGACGUCUACCUAAUGUCACAUUACUCAGUACUUCACUGGUCAGCGUUGAGUGGUGUGGAUACUGAACUUAUGAAUGUCCAAGGUCAUGUGGCACCGAGGGAGAAGCACCCUGGAAGUCUAUUAGAGGGUUUUUCUCAGACUCAAGUUAGUACCUUGGCAGUCAAGGACAAUUUACUGGUAGCUGGCGGAUUUCAAGGGGAGCUAAUCUGCAAGCAUCUUGACCGAGAAGGAAUAAGCUUUUGCUGUCGAACAACAUAUGAUGAUAAUGCCAUUACUAAUGCAGUUGAGAUAUUCAAUACUUCUAGCGGUGCUGUUCAUUUCAUGGCAUCGAAUAAUGACUCUGGUGUAAGAGACUAUGACAUGGAGAGAUUCCAGUUAUGCAAGCACUUUCAGUUUGAUUGGCCAGUGAAUCAUACAUCACUGAGCCCUGAUGGAAAGCUUGUUGUUAUUGUGGGGGAUGAUCCUAAUGGUUUACUUAUUGAUGCCAAUUCAGGAAAGACUCUUCAUUCCAUGAAAGGUCAUCACGACUUCUCAUUCGCAUCAGCCUGGAGCCCUGAUGGCCGAACAUUUGCUACUGGGAACCAAGACAAGACAUGCCGAAUCUGGGACGCGAGGAACCUAUCGAAAGCAGUCCAUGUAUUGAAGGGUAACCUUGGAGCCAUUAGAUCGAUCCGCUUCACGUCGGACGGGCAGUUCCUGUCGAUGGCGGAACCAGCGGACUUUGUGCACAUCUUCGAUGUGAAGAGCGACUACAAGAGAAGGCAAGAGCUGGACUUCUUCGGUGAGAUAUCUGGGAUGUCCUUCAGCCCGGACACAGACGCCCUUUUCGUGGGCGUGUGGGAUAGAACGUAUGGUAGCCUCCUCCAGUUUGGGCGCCUGUAUAACAAUUGGUAUCAUGACUCGCUGCUUUGAGGCGAAAGCGGAGCGGAUGUUGGACCUGCUUGUCCUCCCCCUCAGCUGCACCGAAUGGUUGGUGUGGCAUAAGUUAGGCGUCUCCCCAAAACCGGAACUUCUCGAGUUGACCUGCAUAAUUCAAAUUAAUAAAUGUUGUAUCGUUGUAUGUGUAUAUAAACAAAUGUACAGAUGCAUAUAGCCUGUGUCUGGGGUAGAGUGCAUCUCAUCAUAUAUGUUUAGACUCCAGUUAGUUGUAA